GCCAAAGCCGCAAACGGAUUUAGUUGAAGAAAGUGUAUGCUUCUUAUUUACGUAUGGAUGCUUAGCAAAUUCUUGAUGCAUAAGGAAAGCGAAGGUCUUGAUGGAUGCAACAAUAAGUGUUCCUAUGCGAAAAUGGGAAAUCGAGCUUUUCUUCGAAUUUCCACCUCUUCAAUCGCCUGUCGCUAUGGACGUUCUCGAAUCGCUGCAGAAAGAUCAACGUUCGAAGAGACCGAUGCGCCGACUUGCGGACUACAUUAUUCACAGAGCAACCUCUGAUUAUGUCUAUGAUGUCAUGCAGGAAGAAGAUCUAAUAUCACAGAUUAAUGAUCCUAUAACCAAAGGUCUCAGACUCUUACACUACGCAGCCUAUCAGAAUGAUCCAGAACUGCUGCACUUAUUACUCGAACUUGGAGCCGAUCCUAAUGUCAUGGAUGAAGUAGGUUUUACGCCUCUCCAUAUAUGUGCUGAAAAAGGAUAUACGGAUCUUAUUCUCAUGCUUAUUCAGUACGGAGCUCGAGUGCGUUUUACCGAGUUGAAUCCUAAUGAUAAAGCAUAUGGAAAUCCACCUCGAGCAACUGCUGCAGAUGAACCAUUGCGGCUAGCGUUACGAAAUGGAGAACACGAUACAGCUAAUCUAUUACUGGAGCAUGGUGCCAAUCCCAGUGCUCUCUAUUACUUAGGUCAUGAAAUAAAUUUAGUCGACCCAAUGGAUUUAGAAUCGCUGGAGCUGUUGUUGACGUAUGGAGCCGAUCCUAACGCAAGAGACUUACAAGGACUUACACCUCUCAUGAAAGCCUGUCGCAAUCCGCAAGCUGUAGAAGCUGUCCAUUUAUUACUAAGUUAUGGAGCUGAUGUUAAUGCUAUAACCUCAGAAGAUCAGCGUACUUCUCUGCAUUACGCAGUUAUAGCGGGAAACCUUGAAGUUGUGGAGAUCCUAAUCCGUCAUGGAGCUAAUGUGUGUUUUCCUUUCGAACUUACAAGACCACCACCACUCUAUUUUGCAGUUCUCCGAGGCAGUGUGGAAAUUCUAGAAUUUCUUUUAAAUUCCGGUGCUGACAUCAAUGCAGUGUCAACAGUUGUCGGUUCAGCUCUGCAUCUUGCUCUCACCGAAAAAAUUGUGAAUCAGCUAGAAGUGGUCAAAACUCUUCUAAGACGUGGGGCCAACCCGAAUGCAAUUACCGUAUCUGAUAACAGACCUGUUUUAAAGCCCCCAAUUGGAGAAUAUCUGCAAUGCUGUGAACAUCCUCAACCUGAAAUAAUUCGGUUGCUUCUGAGGUAAUGUAUGCAGUUUAAUUCCUUUAAUUC